AUGCUGACCUGCGUUGAUGGAUCGGUGCUGAUCCAUCGACCAAAACCAGCUCUCAAGGACAACAAAAGUGACGUGUUUUUGAGAUUGCCGCUCGAGGUGAGUUUUUUUCGACAGCGUAGACGUAGUUUGGACUCUUACUUUAAGCCUACUAAGGUUAAGCUUAUUAAGUUUAAAUCGACUAAACCAAAGUCAAUUGAUUUAGUAAAUUUUAGUCUAUCAAAGUAAGCCUACGACAUACACAAUUUAGAUAAAAUUGACCAUAACAUCGUUUCUAUCGCCGCGUGACAUAGUAAAUGCGUCUACGGUGUGUUCACAAUGGCAAAGAAUGUUUCACAGCUGUGGAAAUGUUUUCGACGAGAAUGCUACAGAGUUUGAAAAACAUUUACCAAAAGAAGUUGAAAAUGAUUAUGACAAAAAGGACAAUCAGUACUUGUGGCAAAGACUAGCCGUACGGUAAUUUUUACUUUUAAUACAAUAAUUGUUUGAUAUUUUAUUAAAAAUAUGAUAUUCACAGCUCUCUGUUUACUUUUUGUUUUUUAGUUUUGAUAAAAUUGAAGAUAACUGGAGAACUUUAAACUCACGUUUUUUGGACAUAAAAGUUGACGAUAUGACGGUAAUAUGGUUCAGAAUGCACGAUGACUUGACGGCUAUUUUUACAAACGAAAACAGCUUACAUAUUGCAUCAAUAAGCAAAAAUAGGGUAAGAUUUGCACCAUUUUAGACUAACUUACUCUAUCUUACACUCAUGUACGCUGUGCUAGUCUUCUUUACUCUGCCACACUGUAACAAUUUUAUCUUACACAGACGUAUUCUUACCACUAACUACUUUAUUAUCGUUCUUUGCAGUUAGUAGCAGAAUUGUCAGAAUUCCACAACUUUUCUUCUGAUUUACAACCAUACAUUCAAUUUGAUCAUACUGGACAGAGAUUGCUUUUUGCUUUGGAAGAUUUUAUCAAAGUUUGUGGAAUCGACAAUGAUUGGUGUCAGUGUAUGACUAUUGAGAUAUUGACCGCUGAAGAUUUUGUUCACUGCCAACCGGCUAUUCACAACGAUUUGUGA